AUGGAAAAUAUGAACCACACCGCCGUCAACCACCUUCAUACCACUGCUAACGGCAACAUCCACCACCGCGACCACAACCACAACCACCAACCCAAACCCAGGUCCCUCAAAGCUCGUCUUCAAAAUGGGGAAUGCCUAUAUGGCAUGUCCUUGCAGAGUUUCUCCCCAACAAUGGCUGAAAUAGCCGGUUGGAUUGGCUAUGACUUCAUAAUGAUUGACUUAGAGCACGGCCUUGGCGGCAUUUCGGAGACCCUCCGGUGCAUCCACGCCUUGAAUUCCUCCAACACUCCCGUCAUUGUUUGCAUUCCUAAGGUUAACCACGUUUGGGUUAUGAAGGUUCUUGACCUCGGCCCUCAUGGCCUCAUCUUCCCAUUGGACGGGAUAAUGAUAGAGAAGGCGGUGGAGAAAGUGGUAGAGAUCGCGGCGGUGGAAGGAGUGGACGGGAUAAUGGUGGGGCCAGUCGAACUUAUGUGCAAGUGUGGGAUGCAUGAGGGAGCCAAGAAACGAGAAGGUGAGGGAGAUGACGAGGAAGAUAGAGACGAAGGUGUUGGCAGCGAAGAGGAAGGAGGGCCGGGGGCCUUUCUUGGCGGCAAUCACUGCCAAAAAAUAUUUGAUUAG